AUGAAACGAUAUACAGGUGGAAAACCACCUCAUAGACUUACUCCCUAUAUUGAGGUCUUAUCAAUACAAGUGAACAAGUCUAAUAAAGCUGCUGUAUGUAAGGCAUGUAUCAAGAAAUUGGGAAGAGAAUUGGCAUUGGAUAAAUCAGUGUUUACUAAUACAAAAAUUUGUGUAAAAGCACAUUUAAAAAAGUGUAUACAGUUUGCUGAGUUGUAUACUGAAAAAGAAAGAGCAGAAAUUCUAUAUGCAUCUGAUGAAGAAAACCAGCAAACGGAUAUAUCAUCAAUUACUACUUCAAGUAGUUUUCAUUCAAGUUUAUUGGAAAAAAUCACAACAUCGCAUAAACCUACUUCUCCUAUACGUCAUUUACAAAGUCGGCCAUCAAAAAAUUCUAUUGAAAAUUAUCUUAUUCGUGAUCUAAAUUCAGCUAAAUAUUGUAUAUUUGAGUAUCAUUUAUUAAAAGUUACAAUAAGUAACGGCUGGGCAUUUAAUUGGAUAGACAAUCCUGAGGUCUCUGCCCUUUUCAGAUUUCUUAAUCCAAAUAUUUCCUUACCUGGACGUCAUGCUCUUGCUAGUCGUAUUCUCUUAUCACACAGUGAGGAGUUGCAACGUAAACAAACCAUCGAUGCCAAAAAAGAAGAAGUUGGUAAUACUCUGGCAUUCGAUGGCUGGAAAAAUGUUAAUCAUCAAGAAAUCUUAGGGAGUGUUCUUAUUACAAGUAAAGGGAAAGUGCUUGUAUGGGGAGCUGAAGAUAUUUCUGGAGAUGGUGCUCGCACAAUUGAUGUGGUGAAAAAAAUUAAGAGUUUCUUCGCACGUGCAGAGAGAGACGAUAUUAAAAUUAUUGCAGUAGUAACAGAUA